AUGUUUUCAGGAUGUGGAGCAGGUGUAAUGGCAUCACUAUUUACAACACCUUUGGAUGUAAUAAAAACAACAAUGCAGGUUGAUAAUCAGAAUCAUAAAACAAUAGUAGGUACUGUAAAGAAAAUUUUUGCAAGAGGUGGUUUAAAGAAUUUUUAUUUAGGUCUAAAACCAACACUUAUUGGUCAAAUACCAUCCUGGGCAGUUUAUUUUUCAACAUAUCAAUAUUUUAAAGAACUUUUUUCGGCUAAAAACGAUGUACACAAUAUUUUAACAAAGGAUUCACCUUUUAUUUAUAUGGGUUCGGCAAUAAUUGCUGGUGCAACUACUUCAACUUUAACAAACCCAAUUUGGCUUAUUAAAACAAGAUUUAUUACACAAGAAAUGGAUGGUCGACAAAAGAGAUAUAGAGGAGUAUUUCAUAGUAUAUCGUCAAUUUAUCAUGAAGAAGGUUUUAGAGCAUUAUAUAAAGGUCUUGGCCCAAGUUUAUUAGGAGUUUUGCAUGUUGGUGUCCAAUUCCCAUUAUACGAAAAAUUUAAAGUUUAUUUUGCACAUCAAAAUAAAAGCGAUGAAUUAACAGUUGUUCAAAUUAUGGCAGCUUCAUCAUUAUCAAAAAUUAUAGCGAGUAUUGUAGCAUAUCCACACGAAGUUUUAAGAUCAAGAUUACAAGAUAGUUCACCAGACUCACCAAAUAGGACAUAUCAAGGCAAUUUGGUUCAAAUGGUUAAACAAAUAAUAAGAGAAGAAGGUUGGAGAGGUCUUUACAAAGGAAUGGGUGUAAAUUUGUUGCGUGUUACACCAUCUUGCGUUAUUACUUUUACAUCUUAUGAAUUUAUUAAAAAAUAUUUAACCCAAUUAGAAAUUUUUUAA